AUGCCUACAGCAGUCGUGACCGGCGCCAAUUCAGGAAUUGGAAAUGCUUUCGCCCAGCUAUUAUUGAAAGAGGGCUACCAAGUAUACGCUGUAGAUCGAGUUAUCGGCGAUGGCCUCAAAGCACUCAAAGAUGCGAAUGUAGGAGAGCUCGACGUUACUUCACAGGACUCUAUCUCGAAGUUCAAAGCCAGUUUGAAGGACGAAGCUGUUGAUCUGCUCUUGAAUAUUGCAGGUAUCAUGUCUGCCCACGACCAGGACUCUUUGCAGGGAACCACCUUGCAGACAUUUGAAAAAGUCUUCGCGGUCAAUACCUAUGGACCAAUGUUUCUUACCCAAGCACUAUUGCCAAACCUAAUGAAGUCAGCGAACCCAAAAAUUGGCACCAUUACAUCUCGCGUUGGCAGCAUAGGCGAUAACACGAGUGGCGGCAUGUACGCAUAUCGCUCGUCCAAGGCUGCAGCGAACUCCAUCGGCAGAACGAUGGCUAUGGACUUAAAAGAGAAGGACGUUCCCGUCUUGCUCUUGCAUCCUGGCUUUGUUCGUUCAGGUCUCUCGCCGGGAGCAGAUGGUAAAGAGUUUGUUGACCCGGAAGAAGCUGCUACAAAACUGUGGAACAAUGUUGUCAAACCAAAAGGUAUGGAGUCCACUGGUACUUUCUGGCAUCGAGAAGGAUACGAGCUACCUUGGUGA